AUGCAACAAGUUGAAUGCUAUACCAAGAAGAACAUUCGUAAUUAUUCCAAAAUUGGAGGUGAUACAGGACCCGUUGUGUAUCCGGCUGGUCACCUACAGGUCUACAAGGUUUUUCAUGCGCUAACAAAUGAAGGGAAAGAUAUCCGUACGGCACAAUAUAUAUUUAUGUGCCUUUACCUUGUCAAUCUAUUGGCGAUUUUUCGGUUGUAUUAUAAAUCUAAUAAGAUAUCUCCAUUUGUCCUCGUGUUUCUGUCUUUCACCGGCUAUCGAAUUCAUUCGAUCUUUGUGUUACGACUAUUCAACGAUCCGGUUGCAAUGCUGUUAUUCUACUUAGCCGCCAAUUUCUUCAUAUCACAGCAGUGGUUGAUUGGAUGUGUUAUGUACAGUCUCGCCGUUUCGAUCAAAAUGAAUGUUCUACUUUUCGUGCCUUCGGUAUUUUUCAUUCUGCUGCUAAAUGUUGGGAUUUGGCGAACAGCUCUUUAUUUGGUAUGCUGUGCCGCUGUUCAGGUUUACGUUGGAAUGCCAUUUCUCAUGUAUGACCCUACUUCAUAUAUCCAGCGGUCCUUCGAUCUUGGUAGAGUUUUCCUAUUUAAGUGGACAGUUAACUGGCGUUUCCUUCCAGAAGAGGUAUUUUUGUCUUCUCGACUUCAUUUAGCAUUGCUGUCUUGUCACUUAGUAGUAUUAAUGGUAUUCGGAUACUAUCUUUGGUUCAGAUCUCAUGGUGGCUUGAGAGCGUCACUUAUAGAACUGUCGUAUGGUAUUCGGACAAGAACAGGAGUAGAGACACUGUAUGCCUUAUUCACUGCCAAUUUGAUCGGUAUAACAUUUGCUCGCUCACUUCACUACCAAUUCUAUUGUUGGUACUACCACCAGUUGCCAUUCCUGCUUUUUUGGGAGCAAAAGGAACAAACGAAUGUGAAACAAACCGUUGUCAUACCUUGGUUAUCAACAGCUAUUAAAACGGUUGUACUAAUUGGGAUCGAAAUUUGUUGGAAUGUCUAUCCAUCGACUGUACUCUCUUCCGCUCUGCUUCAUGUGUAUCACAUUGGUAUCCUUGUUUAUUUAGUUGUAAAUCGUGUUGAACGUUAUAAACGAAAGGUUGUAAAUGGAAGGAGCCUGAUGGUGGAGCUAAUAUCGGAGUCAACUACAUCCGUACAAAUAGAAUAA